AUGAGACCCAUCCUGCUUUCCGGGCACGAACGUGCCCUGACCCAGAUCAAGUACAACCCCGACGGCGACUUGCUCUUCUCCGUCUCCAAGGACCAGGUCAUCUGCGUCUGGUUCGCACACAACGGCGAGCGCCUGGGCACCUACAAGGGCCACGUCGGCGCCAUCUGGACCGUCGACUGCGACCCUUCCAACACCUUCAUCGCCUCCGGCAGCGCCGACAACACCAUCCGCCUCUGGGAGAUCAAGACCGGCCGCCUCCUCAAGACAUGGGAGUUCCCUACCGCCAUCAAGCGCGUCGAGUUCAGCCCCGACGGUAGCCAGCUGCUGGGUGUGACGGAGAAGCGCAUGGGACACCUGGGCACCAUCGUCGUGCUGAACAUCAACCCCGACGUCGACGCCGAGCAGAGCGACGAGAAGGAGCUGACCAUCGUGUGCGACGAGAGCAAGGCCACAGUUGCCGGAUGGAGCUACCUCAGCAAGUACAUCGUCGCCGGACACGAGGAUGGCAGCGUCAGCAAGUACAACGCCAAGACUGGCGAGGUGGAGGACAACCUCCCCGUUCACGAGCUUAAUAUGCAAGUUACCGACCUCCAGUGGUCCCCCGACCGGACAUACUUCAUCACCGCCUCCAAGGACAAGACCGCACGUCUCAUCGCAGUUAGGGACCUGCAGAUUCUGAAGACGUACCCGUCCGAUACGCCCCUGAACAGCGCCUGCAUCACUCCCAAGAAGGACUACGUCAUCCUGGGUGGUGGUCAGGCUGCCAUGGAUGUCACCACAACCGCCGCGCGCCAAGGUAAAUUCGAGGCCCGUUUCUACCACAAGAUCUUCGAGGACGAAGUCGGCCGUGUACGUGGCCACUUCGGUCCCCUGAACACAGUCGCUGCCGACCCCAAUGGCAAGAGCUACGCCAGUGGAGGAGAGGACGGUUACGUGCGCGUUCACCAUUUCGAUAAGGGCUACUUCGACUUCCAGUAUGAGGUCGAGAGGGAGCUGGCAAGAAAGCAGCAGCAGGCAUAA